CGAGUCAGCCCUUUCCCGGCUGGAAGUGUGAUUUCUGUUGAGCGUUGAGGUUAGACUGGAAGUGGUGUUGUGUAGAGAAUGGGGGGCGAGGCGCACCGCGGGUCGGCAGGCGAGGCGCGAGGCUCGCGGCGUGAGGCUGGAGGACCUGGCACAUUGUAAAUACUUGCAUGUUAGUUGAUUGGAUGAAUGCUGUAGCAUUUGAGCUAAAUCAUGAAGAAUGAAUAGGAUUUCAAAUGACUUAAGGCAAGGGGAAUACCAGCCAGAACGAAAGCAGAAGCAUGAAAGUGCAUGAGGUCAAGGAUGCAUUCCAAGACAGUUCUAAAAAUAUGUCACCAACUCCAACCUUAUAGUUGACCUAGCCAUGGAAAACCUCAUUGGAACCUCACAAGAUCAGACCAUACUGGCACUCUUAAAAACCCUUCCCAUCAAAAAGUAUCAGGAAUGAAAAUCAGGAAUGAUAUAUACCUACCACUUCAAGAAAGUUUCUGUAUCAGCCAACAGUUUAGCAGAUCAGCUAGUUUCUUUGAUCAUCAAGCAGACGUAGUCAAGCCACUAACACAAAAGAGGAAAACGUCUCUAUAUCAGUGUUUUUCACAUUAUGCAUGUGACCCAUUUAGUAGGUCAUGAAAUCAAUUUUGUGAGUCAUGACGAACAUUUUUAAAAACAAAAUAAAAUAUAAAAUAUCAGAGUGCUUUACAUGAAUCCUUUGCCAGAAUUAUACACCUUGCAAGGAAUACUAAGAAAGAGGAAUAAUGAAGCAAAGUAUGCAGAAGCAUGUUCAAGUUCUACUGCUGGAUCUGGAAGUAUGAAUAGUGACAAUAUUGAGAAAACUAUUGACUCUAAUCUGCAGACAUCAACUUCGUUUGAGCCACGUUUCAAAAAGAAAAAAGUAACUGCAAGGCGUUAUAAUGAAGAUUAUUUAAAAUACGGUUUUAUCAAAUGUGAAAAACCCUUUGAAAAUGACAGACCUCAGUGUGUUAUUUGUAAUAAUAUUCUUGCAAAUGAAAGCUUAAAACCUUCAAAAUUAAAAAGGCACUUAGAAACACAGCAUGCUGAACUUAUUGAUAAGCCUCUUGAAUAUUUUCAAAGAAAGAAAAUAGAUGUAAAAUCAUCAACACAAUUUCUUAGCUGCUCUACUACUGUUAGUGAGAAAACCUUAUUAUCAUCAUAUUUAGUUGCAUAUCGUGUGGCAAAAGAGAAAAUGGCUCACACAGCUGCUGAAAAAAUUAUUCUUCCAGCAUGUUUGGAUAUGGUGCGUACAAUUUUUGAUGAUAAAUCUGCUGAUAAAUUAAAAACGAUUCCUAGUGAUAACACAAUAUCUCUUCGAAUUUGUACAAUUGCCGAACAUUUAGAGGCAAUGCUUAUUACUCGGUUACAGUCGGGAAUAGAUUUUGCAAUCCAGCUUGAUGAAAGCACAGAUACUGGAAGCUGCACAGCACUUUUAGUCUAUGUCAGAUAUGCGUGGCAAGGCGAUUUUAUGGAGGACUUUUUGUGUUGUUUAAACUUAACCUCACACCUAGGUGGAUUAGAUAUUUUCACAGAAUUAGAAAAGUGCAUUGUUGGUCAGUAUAAAUUAAACUGGAAAAACUGCAAAGGAAUUACAAGUGAUGGAACAGCAAACAUCACUGGAAAACAGAGCAGAGUAAUUAAAAAAUUGCUAGAAGUUACUAGUGGGGCGUGGAAUCAUUGUUUUAUACAUCGUGAAGCGUUAGCAUCCAGAGAGAUUCCACAGAAGCUCAUGGAAGUAUUGAAAAAGGCAGUGAAAGUUGUUAACUUUAUUAAAGGGAGCUCACUAAACAGCCGACUUCUUGAAACGUUUUGUUCGGAGAUUGGAGCUAAUUAUACCCACUUACUGUAUCACACCAAAGUUCGUUGGUUGUCUCAAGGGAAAAUACUGAGCAGGGUUUACGAACUCAGGAAUGAGAUCCACGUUUUUCUCAUUGAAAAGAAGUCUCAUUUGGCAGCUAUUUUUGAGGAUGAUAUUUGGGUAACGAAACUGGCAUAUUUAACUGAUAUUUUUGGCAUCCUUAAUGAACUACGUUUAAAACUACAGGGGAAAAACAGUGACAUAUUCCAACAGGCCGAACGUAUCCAAGGAUUCCAGAAGGCGUUACUGUUGUGGCAAGCGAGGCUUAAAAGCAACCGUCCUAGCUACUACAUGUUUCCAAGGUUUUUGCAGCACAUUGAAGAGAAUGUUAUCAAUGAAAACAUUUUGGAAGAAAUAAAACUAGAGAUAUUGUUGCACCUCACUUCUCUCUGCCAAACCUUUAACCAUUUAUUCCCAGAAGAGAAAUUUGAAACAUUAAGACAGAAUUGUUGGGUAAAAGAUCCGUUUGCUUUUCGAAACCCAGAAUCAAUAAUUGAGUUAAACUUGGUGCCUGAGGAAGAAAAUGAAUUAUUGCAGCUCAGUUCUUCAUAUACAUCGAAGAAUGAUUAUGAAACACUAAGUUUAUCAGCAUUUUGGAUUAAGAUAAAGGAAGACUUUCCUUUGAUAAGCCGAAAGAGUAUCCUGCUGCUAUUACCAUUCACAGCAACUAGUUUGUGUGAACUAGGGUUUUCGGUCUUAACCCAGUUAAAAGCAAAGGAAAGGAACGGAUUAAAUGGCGCAGCAGAUAUGCGAGUAGCAUUAUCCUCCUGUGUUCCAGACUGGAAUGAACUUAUGAACGGGCAAGCACACCUACCACGUUAAAUAAAUCUUUUUUUUUUUUUUAAUUGGAGUAUAGUUGCUUUACAAUGUUGUGUAAACAAAUCUUACCUGGUUUUUGUUUCUGCAGUUCUUAUUUUGUGAUUUUUUAUCUGUUGUAUUUAAAUGUUAAUACAGCAGUGUA